AUGACGAAAGACGAGAAAACUGGAAAUAUGACUGAAAAAAAGAAAAAACAUCAUGUUUUUAAACAUAAAAAGAAAAAGCGAGCGGAGGAAGACUCGGCCAUUCAAUAUUUACAGUCGCAGUACAGCACGAUUAAUCCAGAAGAAAUCAAAACCUUCAAGGAUUUACCGCUGUCACAAAAAACAUUGAAAGGUUUAAAAGACAACAACUAUAUUACACCAACAGAUAUUCAGAGACAGGCAAUAGGUUACGCUCUGCAAGGAAAGGACAUUUUAGGCGCCGCUAAGACAGGCUCAGGAAAAACAUUAGCAUUCCUUGUACCUAUACUAGAACUACUGUUUUGUAAGAAAUGGACCAGACUAGACGGGGUAGGCGCUUUAGUCAUAUCUCCGACUAGAGAACUGGCGUAUCAAAUUUAUGAAACACUCAGAAAAGUGGGUCACUUACAUGAUUUCUCAGCCGGCCUGAUUAUCGGGGGACAGAAUCUAAAAUUUGAAAGGAAGAGAAUGGAUCAAAUCAAUAUUCUUAUAUGCACACCGGGUCGACUUCUACAACAUAUGGAUGAGAACCCAUUGUUUGACUGCAGCCAGCUACAGAUAUUGGUUUUAGACGAAGCUGACCGUUGCCUUGACAUGGGUUUUCAAACUACAAUGAAUGCUAUUAUUGAAAAUUUGCCUCCAAAACGACAAACCUUACUGUUUUCAGCUACACAGACAAAGUCUGUUAAAGACUUGGCUCGGUUGAGUUUAUCAUUUCCGACGUAUGUCGCUCCUCACGAGCAGGCCAGUACUGUUACUCCGGAGUCUUUACAGCAAAGUUAUAUUGUGUGUGAGAUUGAUGAGAAGCUUGGCAUCUUGUGGUCUUUUAUAAGGAAUCAUUUAAAACAAAAAGUUUUAGUGUUCAUGGCCACAUGCAAGCAAGUCAAGUACACUUAUGAUUUAUUCUGCAAACUUAGGCCAGGUGUUAGUCUCCUGGCUCUGUAUGGGACAUUACAUCAAGAAAAAAGAGAGAAGAUAUAUGAAGAAUUUUGUAGGAAAUCAAAUGUAGUACUGUUUGCAACCGAUCUAGCUUCAAGAGGUUUAGACUUCCCUAGAGUCAACUGGGUGUUACAGUUUGAUUGCCCUGAAAAUGUAGACACAUACAUACAUAGAGCUGGUCGCACGGCUCGUGGAGUGUUUGGCAAAGGAGAAGGUCUUUUAAUGUUGCUGCCUCACGAAGAGAAGAUUGUUGAAGACCUGACAAAAAGUAAAAUACCAAUUAAAAAGAUUUCUGUUGAUCCAUCUAAAUUACAAUCUCCUCAAAGGAAGAUAGAAAGUCUUCUCUCUGAUAAUACAGAAUUAAAACAAACUGCACAAAGAGCAUUUGUCAGCUAUGUAAAAUCUGUAUUUGUUAUGAAAAACAAAGAUAUAUUUAAUGUUCAACUUCUUGACACUGAUGCGUAUGCGAGGUCAUUGGGUCUUAUAAAUCCACCUAGAAUAAAGUUCAUGCACAAAUACAACAAACCUACUACACCUGCAAAUGGGACUGAUAGCAACACUACGGACAUCAUUGAAAAACUUGAAGCAAAGUCCGUUGAAAAUAAAGAAUCUGAUCAGAGUGACUCUGAAAAAGAAGAUGAGCUGAAACCCAUAAGCAAAGCUAAAGUGAAAAAGGAACUUCCCAAAUUCAACUUUCAUGAUGAUAAUGGUGACAGUGAUGAAGAAAGCUUCCUACAGGUGAAGAAGAAAAAUGUUGAUGUUGACAUCACCAUACCGCAAACGGAAGAAACAACAACAUCAAAGAAGAAAACAAAGCCUUUGACUAAAGCGGCCGUCGCCAAGAAAAUACUUAAAAAGAAAAUCAAAGUCAACACAACGGUCAAGUUCACAGAGGACGGGGAAGCAAUAGACGAUGACAAGAAAGAUGUUAAGUCAGAACUAGCUAAGCAGUUUGUAAAUGAAAAUGUUGGCGGAAUAGACAUUGAGAAAGCUAAAGAAGUACUCCGAGAGGAAGACAAGUAUGACAAACAGAGAUUCAGAGAAAAAGUUAAAGCCAAGCACAAAGAACAGAAAAGAAAACUUAAGAAUAAGAAAAAAGAAGAGGAGGAAGGAGAAAAAGAUGAGUUUGGAUCAGGUUCAGAAUCUGAAGGACCAGAUCUAUCAUGGCUGCCAGACCCUGACAAAGUAUAUGACAGAAAUAAUGAACAACAGUCCGAGUCUGAUGAACAUUCAGAUGAUCAUGAUCAUGGUGAUGAUCGUGAUGAUGAUGAAGAUGAUGAUGACAGUGAACUAUCUGAAUCAGAACAAAAAUAUCACAGGCCAACAAAGAGGAAACUGGUGGAGAGUAAAGGCAUACCCCAAGAGAGUAUAAACCCUCGAAAAAUCAAAAAGAUUGAAGAUGUGGCGGCUAGUCUUUCAGUACAAGAAGCAGAAGCCCUCGCCAUGCAGUUGUUGAAGUCGAAAUGA